CAGGGCGCUGGGCGGAUAGACGAGCCCGCGACCGGCAAGGAAUCCGCGAGCGGCGGCUGCAGGGAGCGGGGCGAAGAUGCCAGCUUGAGCCUGGGGGUCCAGCCAUGGAGUUCCUGACAACGCCUCGGUCUCCUUCAGGGCCUCCAGCCAUGGAUUUGGAGGAGCCCAGGGACAUUCUUGUGCCCUCUGAGGACCUCACCCCUGACAGCCCGUGGGACCCGGUGCCCGGAGGCCCCAGCAGCCUGAGUCAGAUGGAACUUGAUGGGUCUAGUAUUCAGGACUUGGUGCAACAGUUUGAAGCUCUGCCGGGUGAUCUGAUGGGCCUGUCUCCAGACGGAUCCCCCUGUCCCCUACACAUUGCCACCGGCCACGGCCUGGCCCCCCUGGACAUCGCCGACGCCCAUGGGCUCUUGUCUGCCGAGGUCGGCCGGGAUGACCUACUGAGCCUUUUGCACUGUGAGGAAUGCCCGCCUUCCCAGCCUGGUCCCAAGGGACCUCCGGAGCCUGCCCCUCGCCUGUUGCAGCCCCCUGAGGACCCAGAGGGCGAUCUCAGCGCCUCGGAAUGGGCGGAGGGAGCCUCUGCCGAGCGGGGGGACAGUGGUAGCUCAAGCAGCUCCCCGGAGCCCUGGCUGGAGACGGUGCCUCUGGUUGCGGCUGAAAAGCCCUCUGCCACCAACAGUGCCCAGAGCCCCAAGACCCUGGCUUCAUACCCUGCCCUCCAGGAGGUCCCUGGUCCCUGUGACCACGAAGACCUCCUAGACGGUGUCAUAUUUGGGGCCAAGUACUUGGGCUCCACCCAGCUCGUGUCUGAGCGCAACCCGCCACCCAGCGCGCGCAUGGCCCAGGCCCGGGAGGCGAUGGACCGCAUCAAGGCCCCCGACGGGGAGACCCAGCCCAUGACGGACGUGGACCUCUUUGUCUCCACCAAGAGGAUCAAGGUGUUGACCGCCGACUCCCAGGAGGCCAUGAUGGACCACGCCUUGCACACCAUCUCCUACAUCGCCGACAUCGGCCACGUGCUGGUGCUCAUGGCACGGCGGCGGCUGGCCCAGAGCCCGGGACCCCGGGAUGGUGGCCGCCGCCUCUACAAGAUGCUCUGCCACGUGUUCCACUCGGAGGAUGCCCAGCUCAUUGCUCAGGCCAUCGGCCAGGCCUUCGCCGCGGCCUACAGCCAGUUCCUGCAGGACAGCGGCAUCGACCCCAGCCAGGUGGGUGCCUGUCCCAGCCCGGGGGCCGCAGGCUCCGGCCACCUGCACAACGGGGACCUCGACCACUUCUGCAACAGCGACAACUGCAGGGAGGUGUGCAUCGAGAAGCGCCGGGGGGAGGGCCUGGGCGUGGCCCUGGUGGAGUCGGGCUGGGGGUCUCUGCUGCCCACGGCCGUCAUCGCCAACCUGCUGCACGGGGGCCCUGCUGAGCGCUCGGGGGCCCUCAGCAUCGGGGACCGAGUCACUGCCAUCAACGGGACCAGCCUGGUGGGGCUGCCCCUGGCUGCCUGCCAGGCCGCCGUCUGCGAGGUGAAGUCGCAGACAUCAGUGACACUCAGCAUCGUCCACUGCCCGCCCGUCACCACCGCCAUCGUCCACCGGCCCCACGCCCGUGAGCAGCUGGGCUUCUGCGUGGAGGACGGCAUCGUGAGCCAGGGACUGGGUGUGGGGUGCCGGGGUGCGGGGGGCCCCAACGUGGCCCCUGAGCACCCCCUUCCCACCCCCCCCCCCAGAUCUGCAGCCUCCUGCGAGGCGGCAUCGCGGAGCGCGGGGGCGUCCGCGUGGGGCACCGCAUCAUUGAGAUCAACGGGCAGAGCGUGGUGGCCACACCGCACGCCCGCAUCGUGGAGCUGCUCGCCGAGGCCUACGGCGAGGUCCACAUCAAGACCAUGCCGGCCGCCACCUACCGCCUGCUCACAGGCCAGGAGCAGCCCGUGUACCUGUGACCCCACCCCCAGACCACCGCCGUGCCUUCGCCUGAGUCCGUCCUCGGCCCGCCUGGGCCCCUGGACCCCAACGGAUUCUUGGCCCUAAUAUAUUUUCUGAUUUACAAAUUAAAAGCUUAUCGAAUGGG